AUGAAGGUGCUGGUAACGAUUAGCCUGUUGGCUUCGGUGGCAAUUUCGGUUCUUUCUCUGGGCCGCAAUUCGCCGAAAGGAAAACUGUACGCACUACUGGUGGCUGGUUCUAAGGGAUGGUACAAUUAUCGUCAUCAGGUCCAAGUCUAUCCAGCCAAUGUUGCCCACGCGUACCACGUCCUGCUAGAACACGGAGUUCCGGCAAAGAACAUCAUCGUAAUGAUGUACGACGACAUUGCCAACCACAAACUGAACCCAUAUAAAGGGAAGCUCUUCAACAAACCCAAUGGUCCCAACGUUUACGGUGGAUUAAAAAUCGAUUACAAAGGUGAUGCUGUUAGUGCAGAAAACUUUCUAGCCAUCCUUAAAGGUGAUAGAGAUGCUGUGAAUGGCGGAAAUGGCCGUGUGAUUGAAAGCAACGAGAAUGACCGAAUUUUCGUAUACUACACUGAUCUUGGAGCUACAGGUCUCAUCGCUUUUCCGACUGGUAUGCUAAUGGCAAGACAGCUGAAUGAGGCCUUGGAAGAAAUGCACGAAAAUCGCAAGUACAGUCAACUUGUAUUUUAUAUGGCAGCUUGUGAAAGUGGUUCAAUGUUCAAAGAUCUUUUAGGAAAGAAAAUAAAUGAUGAAUUGGAGUUUGCCACAUAUUGCGAGGACGAAUUAGAAUUGCCGUGUCUUGGGGAUGAGUUUUCGGUGAAUUGGAUGGAAGAUUCAGACAAGCAGGACAUCGGUCUCGAGACGUUGGACGAGCAAUUCGAAGUCGCGAAAGGCCUCACCUUCCAGUCUAAAGUGUCUCGCUACGGUAAUCUGAGCAUAGCCGAUGAACCUGUAGGCUGGUUCCAUGGCUUACACAAAGACACUUUGAACAAAGGCAAAAACCUAACCCAGUCUCACCAACAAAGAAUUUCAUGGCCAUCAAGAGACGUCGAACUUCUUUAUCUCCAGAAGUUGAAACAACUUGGUCUUCGCCCAGACACAAUCGAUGAUGAAAUUUUUAUUGCUGAGGAGAAUCAUCGCCCAAUCGGAGAGUUUUUCGCAGAAUUGGUAUAUCGCAUCGUCCAUGGUCAGGAUUUGAGAUGGAAUGUACUCAAAAAGAGAGCCGGUGUUACAAAUUAUGACUGUCAUGAAGAGGUCGUGCGAGCCUUCAUUACGACUUGCAGUGAUUUCAACAAGAUGACGUUGCUAUUUAGGAUUGCCCCAUUAGCGGCGUUGGUGAUAUCUGUCGCUUCGCUCGCUAUUCCUCAACCAGAAGGAGAACUGUAUGCCUUAUUGGUGGCUGGCUCUGAUGGAUGGUGGAACUACCGCCACCAGGCUGAUGUUUCCCACGCCUAUCACACACUCAUAAAUCAUGGGGUCAAGCCGGAUAACAUUAUCGUGAUGAUGGUCGACGACAUCGCCAAUCAUCAAAGAAACCCUUAUAAAGGAAAAAUCUUCAACGAUCCGAGCCUUACUGAUGUUUACGAAGGUGUAGUCAUCGACUACAAGGGUAAAUCCGUGACACCGAGUAACUUCCUAGCCAUUCUCCAAGGAAAUAAGACUGCUGUGAAGGGAGGAAACGGCCGUGUUAUUCACAGGCAAGAUCAGAUGAAAUUCGUAUUCAACAACAAUCCUAAAAUUUCUCUUUACAGCACCGCCAAUGACCGAAUCUUCGUUUAUUUCUCCGACCAUGGAGGUGUAGGCACCAUCAGCUUCCCUUAUGAGAGACUGACAGCAAAGCAGCUCAACAGCGUUUUGUUAGAUAUGCAUAGGAAAGAUAAGUUCGGUCACCUGGUGUUCUACUUGGAAACCUGUGAAAGCGGUUCAAUGUUCCACCAGAUUUUGAAGAAAAAUAUUAAUGUUUAUGCUGUCACUGCGGCUAAUCCGGAUGAAUCAUCGUAUGCCACCUACUGCUACGAGGACCCGCGUUUGCCAUGUCUCGGAGAUGAAUUCUCGGUGACUUGGAUGGACGAUACUGACGAGACCGAUAUCACUCUCGAGACUCUGAACGAGCAGUUCGACCACGUCAGAGAUCUGGUAGAAGAGUCUCAUGUGCAACGCUACGGUAAUGCAACCAUGUCCAAGUUCCCGAACCGAAAACGUAGUGGAACGUGGCCAUCGAGAGAUGUCGAACUUAUGUAUCUCGAAAGGAUGAAACACUUUGGCCUUGCAACUGCUGAAGCCGACGAUAGGAUCAGUGAAAUUCAGAAGGAACGACAGAAAAUCGAGGAAUUUUUCGAAAACCUAGUCGACAAUUUCGUCAAAGAUCAAUCUGAGAGGAGUCGAAUACUUGAAGAGAGAGGCGGCGUUGAGGAUCUUGACUGUCAUGACGAUGUCGUGAGAGGUUUGGACUCAGUUUGCCCGGAUAUUAGUAAGCACGAUUAUGUCCUCAAGUUUAUGAAUGUGCUGAACAACCUGUGCACGAAGUUCAACGACUCGGAAAAGAUCGUCAAAGCAAUGAGGACGACCUGCUCGAGGAGACGUUCAUAA